AUGACUUGGGGCGCCGACGGCAUGUGGCGCUAUGUGACAGCCAACGUUUUAAAAGAAAUUUUGGAUAUGCCACUGAGGGAUUAUGUGGAAUUAAAUGAAGAACAAGAAAUUCAAGUAUCUUCGCAUGUGAAAACAAAAAUGACUUUAGAAAAAGCUGCUGAUUUAAAAUAUAAUGUUGGUGAAUAUUGGAAUGAGUUUUAUUCUGUCCACCAAGAAAAGUUUUUUAAUAACAGAUGGUGGUUAUUUACUGAAUUUUUAGAAAUAACUCCACUUAAAAAUGAAAAGCCAAGAGCUAUAUUAGAAGUGGGACGUGGAGUUGGAAAUUCGGUCUUUCCUAUAUCACACUGUGCAGAGAGCAAUGUACAUGUUUACUGUAGUGAUUUUUCUUCAAAUGCCAUAAAAAUCCUAAAAGAAAAUUCAGAAUACAACAAAGAACAUUGUACAGCAUUUGUAUGUAAUAUAACUAAUGAUGAAUGGAAUGCUCCAUUUGCUUUGGAGAGUUUGGAUGUUAUAGUAUUGGUUUUUGUUCUUUCCGCUAUGCAACCUGAAAAAUUAAAACAAGUAGUAGGUAACUUUUACAAGUACUUGAAACCAGGGGGUAUGGUAUUGUUUCGCGUUUAUGGUAGAUACGACAUGGCACAGCUAACAUUUAAAGAAGGGAGGUGCAUAUCGGAAAAUUAUUAUAGUAGAGGUGAUGGAACAUUGAUAUACUUUUUUACUCAAGACGAUGUCAAGCAGUUGUUCCUAGAAGCAGGCUUUGAACAAGUUCAAAAUAUUGUUAAUCUUGUUGAUCGUCGUAUGCAAGUAAAUAGUGGUAAAGAGUUAAAAAUGUAUCGUGUUUGGAUUCAAUGUAAAUAUAAGAAAUCAAUUUUGUAA